AUGCGGCGGGGUGCGCUCCUGGCCGGAGCCCUGGCCGCUUACGCCGCGUACCUGGUACUGGGCGCCCUGCUGGUGGCCCGGCUGGAGGGGCCGCACGAAGCCCAGCUCCGAGCCGAGCUGGGGAUGCUGCGGGAGCAGCUGCUCCACCGCAGCCCGUGCGUGGCGGCGCCGGUUCUGGAUGCCUUCGUGGAGCGGGUUCUGGCGGCUGGACGGCUGGGGCGCGUGGCGCUUGCCAAUGCCUCGGGACCUGCCAACGCCUCGGACCCAGCCUGGGAUUUUGCCUCUGCUCUCUUCUUCGCCAGCACGCUGGUCACCACCGUGGGAUAUGGCUACACAACACCACUGACCGACGGGGGCAAGGCCUUCUCCAUCAUCUUUGCACUCCUGGGUGUGCCGAUCACGAUGCUAUUGUUGACUGCCUCGGCCCAGCGUCUGUCGUUGCUGCUUACCCAUGCCCCCCUGUCCUGGCUGAGCUUGCAUUGGGGCUGGCACCCUCGUCAGGCAGCCCGCUGGCACCUGGUGGCCCUGCUGGCAGUCAUAGUGGCUGUCUGCUUCCUGGUACCAGCUGCAGUCUUUGCCUACCUUGAGGAAGCCUGGAGCUUUCUAGAUGCUUUCUACUUCUGCUUCAUCUCUCUGUCCACCAUUGGCCUGGGGGACUAUGUGCCUGGAGAAGCUCCUGGCCAGCACUACCGGGCCCUCUACAAGGUGCUUGUCACAGCAUACCUUUUCCUGGGAUUGGUUGCCAUGGUGCUGGUGUUGCAGACCAUCCGCCACCUGUCUGACCUCCAUGGCCUCACUGAGCUCAUUCUGCUGCCUAAUUCCAGCCGCACCAACCUCAGCCAGGAAGAGGACGAUCAGGUGGACAUUCUGGACCCCCAGCCAGAACUGCACCAGCACCUCUCUACUGGCUCCCACAAUGACUAUGCCACCAUCCCCAGAUAGCCCAGCAGGCACUAUCAAUCUGGACACACCUGGCCUGGGCUGUAGGGCCCAUGAGUCUAGAAUGGACAAUAGGAAUACCUACGCAUAAGUACGUGCAAGGUAUUGCCACUGACCCACCAUCCAUCUUGUUUUUCAUAACAUCUGGCUUGGAGGUGAGGGAGAGCCUUCUACAACCUGUGCUUUUCAGACGACCCAUUUAAUUGUGUUCUUCUCUUCCCUUUCUUUCACUGCCCUCUCAUA